CUUCUGUCUUCUGUUCGCAAGUCAACGUAAUAUCAAUGAUCCAUGUGUGGAAGACAAAAUAGCUGUCGUCUUAUGUACUCAUUUCAUUUUCAUCAUGUGGUGCAGACGUAUGGACAUUUUAGAUAGCCUGGUUAAAAAAAUGAACAGUAACCUGACAGAGUUUAGGCUAAAACGACUACUUUCCAUCUUUGUGCAAAGAUGAUCACCGUUAAGUUGCAGUGUGUGAAAAUCUCAGAGGAGAGUUUAUGAGUAUUGUGACGAGGGAAAAAUUCUACUUUCAAUACAGAAAUACAGAUUAUCAGUAAAAAAUGUGUUUUCUAAAGAAAAAAACACGAGGACUGUACAAUUUAUUCGCACAACUCAUGUUGUGGACACCUGGCAACUUUGCGUUAAAUGUCCUACGCGGUCUUUCGAUUCUAACGACUUACUGUAAAUAUUUCUACUGUGCCGUGGUCUGCCUAGCGUCACAACCAGUUCAGUCUACAAAAAUAACACAAUCUAUAGACAAUGACCCUGCUACAAAGACGACGAGGGAUGUGUCACCGCCAACAUUUUUUGACAUGCACUCAGCUCGCUCAAGACUCAGGUUGCAAUUCCCCGCAUUCUCUCCUCACAUCAGGUGCCACCUUCUGCAUUCGCUCUGGGGCAUAGGAGAGGCGGAGUGUCCACCAGCGGCCACACCUCCUUUCACUCCACAGCGCAGGCAGGGAAAAACGCCUUGAGGAGCUGCUGAGUCCGUCACUAUAUUGCUGGUAAAAUAUGAACCAGGACAAGAAAUUUGUUUCCCAACAACUACGAAAUCAGCACAGCGAUUAACGUUUGACUGCAGCUGCUUUGCUACCGGGAUUUUCUGCCCUGCCAUCCAUUCACCGUUUUUAUCUGUAGUGUGGACAUUUCUCGUUUGCGCUGGAUCUCUCGUGUCAGAAGAUGUGUGUGGAGAGCGAUGGAUGCGAGAUAGAAGGCUGCGGCAGUUCGGAUGAAGUGCACACGCUGUCUGGCAGUAUGAGCCCGACUCUGAAGACGAGCCCGGACCUUCAUCCUUGUAAGCCGGGGGAGAAAUUCAGAGCCGCGUUACUCAAAUGCCGCUCGCCGACUGCCGCCGCCGGGAUACUCAGUUUUGGAAACGUGCUCAACUACAUGGACAGAUACACAGUGGCAGGUGUUCUGCUUGACAUCCAGCAGCAUUUUAAAGUAUCUGACAGUGGAGCCGGCUUGUUGCAAACGGUGUUCAUCUGCAGCUUCAUGAUCGCCGCCCCCGUCUUCGGUUACCUGGGCGACCGCUUCAACCGGAAGGUCAUCCUCAGCUGCGGCAUCUUCUUCUGGUCCGCUGUGACCUUGUCCAGCUCCUUCAUCACCAACAAGGAGCACUUCUGGCUGUUUGUGCUGUCCAGGGGCCUGGUGGGGAUAGGCGAGUCCAGCUACUCCUCCAUCUCCCCCACCAUCAUCGGCGACCUUUUCACCAACAACAGCCGGACCAUGAUGCUGUCGGUCUUCUACCUAGCCAUCCCACUGGGGAGUGGUCUGGGCUACAUUCUGGGCUCCACUGCCAAGGAGGCCGCAGGAGAUUGGCACUGGGCACUCAGGGUGUCCCCGUUCCUGGGCAUGACUGCGGGAACCCUGAUCCUGUUCUUGGUGCCGGAGCCCAAGCGAGGCAGCGCAGAACUCGGUGCCAAAUUAAAAACCCGGACCUCCUGGGUCUGUGACAUGAGAGCGCUGCUCAAAAACCGCAGCUUCGUAUUCUCCUCCCUGGCCUCAGCGACUGUGACCUUUGCCACGGGCGCCUUCGGCACCUGGAUCCCUCAGUAUCUGUUCAGGGCACGAGUGGUGCAAAAAUCCGCCGAGUCCUGCGUUGUUUCACCGUGCAACAGCCAUGACAGUCUGAUCUUCGGGGCGAUUACGUGCGUGACGGGUCUGCUGGGCGUGGUGAUCGGUGCCGUCACGACCCGGAUGUGCCGGCAGAGGACGGAACGGGCUGACCCGCUGGUUUGCGCCGUCAGCAUGCUGGGUUCGGCCAUCUUCAUCUGCCUCAUCUUCGUCACGGCCAAGAAGAGCAUAGAGGGAGCCUACGUCUGCAUCUUCAUUGGAGAGACGCUGCUCUUUUUAAACUGGGCCAUUACGGCGGACAUUUUAAUGUUUGUUGUCAUACCGACACGAAGAGCCACUGCGGUAGCCCUCCAGGGCUUCGUAUCCCAUCUACUAGGGGAUGCAGGAAGCCCAUCUCUCAUUGGCCUGAUCUCCGACGGCCUGCAGCAGACCUACAAGUCAUCCGUGCUCUGGCAAUUCCUGAGCCUGGGCUACGCGCUCAUGCUGUGUCCCUUCGUCAUCGUCCUGGGGGGGAUGUUCUUCCUCGCCACGGCCCUCUUCUUCCUGGACGACAGGGAAAAGGCAGAGAAACAGAUAAGCCAGCUCACCAGCCAGCUCACCAGGCCACCAUCCUCGGUCAAGGUCAACAAGUGAAGAGAGGCCAGCACCUGAUGGCUGCACAAGGUGCCUGGCUAGAGAGGGGAAGAAGGAGCAGCUCACCCACUGGACAUCCUAGACUAUCUACGUCGAUCAUCUCUUUAUCAAAGCAAACGACACCUCCUUGCUCUCAUAUUUUAUUUAUUUUUCUUUCUUUCUCUCACUCUCACUCUCUCUCUCUCUCUCUCUCUCUUGCUUCCAUUUCUUGGAGGCUGCUCGUAACUGGAGCCACGGCAUGGUCACCUCACUAUGUGGGCACUGCCUUGUGUCCGAUAAAAAAAAAAAAAAGCCAGCCGAACAGCAGCUGGUGAUGCCUCCCAUGCUGAUGCGGCUGAAUAGGGGAGGGGGGCAUGGAGCCAAAAUGGCGCCCGUGUGGAUGAGCCCGUGUGUUAGUGCCAUACUACUGAAAAGAGGCACAGUGUCCGUCACGAUGCCUGUCAAUCUGCACCAAGUGCCAUGUCAUUCCAUCCCCUCACAGCCCCCCCACUGGUUCCCCACCCUAAGCUACACGGUGUCACUGGCUGCCCCUCCUCCCAAACGAAAAAAAAAAAAACAGGAUGAAUACUGGAAAGCAAGUAGUGGGAAAACAAACACACACACACACACACACACCCACCCACACACAAGCAAACCAACAUGGAGUCAGUGACGUCUCAGUCACCCUUACUGAUGAAAGACUGGAAUGCCAGCCUUAACAGAUAUACAAGCCCCUCUUUUUCUUUUGUUUUUCUCUUGUCUUUUUUUUUAGCACUUAUUCCAAAAAGGAGUUUCAGCUACAUCACACUGUCAAUCGCAAAAAGACGACAGACAUCACUUGACACAUCUUUUGUAGUGCUUGUCAGCAUCGUUGUUUGAAACUGGAGGUCCAAGCCUAUGAUUGUUUCAAAGGGUUGGCGAAAGGGAGAGGAGUGCAGCCCAGUCAUCGUUACAAGACACUGGAGAUGUCUUAUCUUUUUGUACAACUUUAAAAAAAAAAAAAAAAAAGUGAGUAGAGAAGGCCAAACACGCAUACACUGGCUUCAGCGCGUACAGGUGCCUCAGCUCAGCGCUCAGCAACUGGAGGAGGAGGAAGAGGAAUUUUAACAAGUAAACGAAGCAGACACCGCGGUGGUUUAACCUCGCCAAAGCCUUUCUUUUUUUUCAUGUAGGGAUUCCUUACAGUUUGUUGGCUUUGAGAUGUCCUGGAAUCCACCCACUGAGAGAAUGGCAGCCUCAUUAAGCCGGGUUUGAAAUGCCCCUGGUUGACUCUCUGAGAAUAGAAGUCUUUGUACACAGCUUUUUUUCUCUACCUACCCGUUGUAGAUAUCUAGUUUCUCAAAGGACAGAGGAAAAGAGAUUAAGAGGAAAAUAAGUGUCUUUCAAUUAUGAAGUUAAUUAAAGACAGACGUUUAUCCCCUGGAAGAGGUCAUUUUACCCACGGCCGGGCCCGGAUGAGCCGUUAACUUGACUGGACGGGAGGCAUUCCACAUGUGAUGAUAGUUAAGCAGCAUGGCAAGGUUUUAGUGCUUUCUCCGUUUUACAGCUGACCUGUGGUCAGUUCAUGUGCUGCUUGAGAACAACAAACAAUUUAG